AUGGGCGCCCAGAACACCCCCCCCUUUCCCACCGAGGACACGAAGGCGAAAAAGACGACGAACAAGACCACCAAGCCGACUCAUCGCGCUUCGAAGCGUGCUAACAGCGCAUCUGCCGCUCAUCACCAUGAUAUAAUUGCCGGCGCCACUGGCAUGGACGGCCGCCAUAAGAGAGUAUGGAAGGCCUGUGAGCGCUGUCGGAUGAAGAAGACCAAGUGUGACGGCGAGUUUCCCUGUAAGCGUUGCAAGGACGACGGACUCGUCUGCACCGCUGGCAUUCGCAAGAAGAUGGAGUACAAGCAGCUGCCCAGAGGAUACGCCGAGGUUCUCGAAAACACCCAGCUCACACUCAUCGCCACCAUUCACAAGCUCUACUCUAUGGUCCGCAGCGCACAGCCGUGGGAGCUGGGCGAGCCAGAUCUCAACGACCGCGGCCAGCCCGUCGUGCACAACAUUGCCCAGCGCCUCGGCUGCAUCCGUCCCAACAGCGACAUUGACCUGCCCGUCCACUCCGUCUUCCCAGAAGACGAAGCCAGCAUGGCCGAGCUCGCCCGCCAGCUCGAGGAGCAGCAGCCGCACGACGUCCCCAACCCCGCCGCCGCCGCCAGCUCCGCCAACACGGAGGGCGGCGACCCCUCGGCGUACAAUUCCACCGAGCGCGCGUCGUCGUCCGACCUCGACCACUCCGACAUGGAGCAGGACUACCGCAAGAUGGCGUUUGGCAGCCACAACGCGCUGUCCCUUUCGCCGCAGAGCUUCGCCAGCGGCAGCGACUUUGAGUUUAGCACGACGCCCAUCGACCUCGACGCCGGUGCCAUGUUCUCGACGCAAUCCGCAUCGAUGCCGGACUUUUCAUCAUCCUGGGCCGCGGUUCCCAAAGCGCAACAGCAGCAGCAGCAGCAGCAGCAGCAGCAGCAGCAGCAACAAUCGCCGGCGACCAUGUCCAUGUCAUUUAUGCAACCCCCGAGCUCAUUGCAGAACCUCGUCAUGAUGAACCAGGACGCCCUCGACGCCGAUUUUGCGACAAUCAAGCCCGAUAUCCUGUCGUACGCUAACACUGAUGUCAUGAUGAGCAUGGCGGCCGACCCCAUGAUCUACGCCGGCUUCGAAAACGACAACAUGAGGCUAUAG